AACCAAAGCCCUUAUGUAUCUGCAACAGCAACUCGCAAUCCACCAAGAGCUACAGAGAUAAUUUUUUUAUUCUCAACAAAAUAUAGUAAUUUUCAUUUUUGGGUUUUCAGAGGCAAAGAGAGCUAAAGCAGUGUGUAUGUAAAACAAUCGUUUAAGGUUCAAAAACAUGUCUCAAACCAACUGGGAAGCUGAUAAAAUGUUGGAUGUGUAUAUCCAUGAUUAUUUGGUAAAAAGGGACUUGAAGGCUUCUGCCCAGGCUUUUCAAGCUGAAGGAAAAGUGUCAUCUGACCCUGUAGCUAUCGAUGCACCUGGAGGCUUUCUCUUUGAAUGGUGGUCAGUGUUCUGGGAUAUAUUCAUUGCUAGGACCAAUGAGAAGCACUCAGAGGUUGCUGCGUCUUACAUUGAGACACAGUUGAUUAAAGCACGGGAACAACAGCAGCAAGGUCAACAACCACAGCACCAACAGCAGCAGCAGCAGCAGCAGCCGCAGCAGCAGCAGCAGCAGCAGCAGAGAAGGGAUGGUGCCCACCUCCUUAAUGGUACAGCAAAUGGGCUUGUGGGAAAUGAUCCUCUCAUGCGCCAAAAUACUGCAACUGCUAAUGCAAUGGCUACAAAGAUGUAUGAGGAAAAAUUAAAAUUACCAAUGGAGAGGGAUUCAUUGACAGAUGCUGCAAUGAAGCAAAGAUUUGGUGAGAGUGUAGGGCAUCUUUUGGAUCCAAAUGCCUCGAUUUUGAAGUCUGCUGCAGCAGCAACUGGCCAGCCUUCAGGGCAAGUGUUGCAUGGUGCUUCUGGUGGAAUGUCCCCACAGGUCCAGGCUCGGAAUCAGCAGUUGUCAGGGUCCACGCCGGACAUGAAGAGUGAGAUAAAUCCUGUGCUGAAUCCAAGAGCUGCUGGUCCAGAAGGAUCACUGAUAGGAAUUCCUGGAUCAAAUCAAGGUGGCAACAAUUUGACUCUAAGAGGAUGGCCACUCCAUGGAUUGGAACAACUUCGAUCAGGACUUCUUCAGCCACAAAAACCUUUUAUACAGGCUCCUCAGCCCUUUCAUCAAAUUCAGAUGCUAACACCACAGCACCAGCAGCUUAUGCUGGCACAACAAAAUCUAACAUCACCAGCUGCUAGUGAUGAUAGUAGAAGGUUGAGAAUGCUUUUAAAUAACCGGAAUAUGAGUAUUGGAAAGGAUGGCCUUACAAACUCUGUUGGUGAUGUUAUUCCAAAUGUUGGAUCCCCUUUGCAAACAGGUGGCCCACUUUUGUCUCGUGGAGAUCCAGAUAUGCUGCUUAAGUUAAAAAUACACCAGUUACAUCAGCAACAACCGAACAGCAAUCCACAGCAGCAACUUCUCCAGCAGCAUGUGCUUUCAAAUCAGCAAUCACAGAGUUCAAAUCACAAUCUUCAUCCGCAAGAUAAGAUGGGGGAUGCUGGCAGUGUCAAUGUUGAUGGUAGCAUAUCCAACUCUUUUCGAGGAAAUGAUCAGGUUUCAAAAAACCAGACUGGGAGAAAGAGAAAACAGCCAGUGUCUUCUUCAGGUCCUGCCAAUAGCUCAGGAACUGCAAAUACAGCAGGACCCUCCCCAAGUUCAGCACCUUCAACGCCUUCAACCCACACACCUGGAGAUGUGAUCUCAAUGCCUGCUCUGCCUCAUAAUGGUGGUUCUUCUAAGCCUUUUAUAUUUGGGGCGGAUGGUACAGGCACUCUUACAUCACCAUCAAAUCAGUUGUGGGAUGACAAAGAUCUUGAAUUGCAGGCUGAUAUGGAUCGUUUUGUGGAGGAUGGAUCUCUUGAGGAUAAUGUUGACUCUUUUUUAUCCCAUGAUGAUAAUGACCCUAGAGAUGCAGUUCCUCGUAUGGAUCUGAGCAAAGGAUUCUCAUUUACUGAAGUAAAUUCUGUUAGAGCAAGUGCAAGCAAAGUAGUCUGUUGCCACUUCUCAUCAGAUGGAAAAUUGCUUGCUAGUGGUGGCCAUGAUAAAAAGGCUGUAUUGUGGUACACGGAUAAUUUAAAGGCAAAAACUACCCUUGAAGAACAUACAUCUCUGAUUACUGAUGUCCGUUUCAGCCCAAGCAUGUCACGACUUGCAACAUCAUCAUUUGACAAAACUGUUAGGGUUUGGGAUGCUGACAAUCCUAAUUUCUCACUCCGCACUUUUACCGGACAUUCUGCCACUGUAAUGUCACUAGACUUCCACGCAAAUAAAGAUGACCUUAUAUGCUCUUGUGAUGGAAAUGGUGAAAUAAGGUACUGGAGUGUUACCAAUGGUAGCUGUGCAAGAGUAUUCAAGGGUGGCAUGACCUGUAUGAGAUUUCAACCUCGAGUGGGAAGGUAUCUUGCUGCUGUGGCUGAAAAUGUUGUGUCUAUACUAGAUGUUGAGACACAAGCUUGUCGGCAUUCAUUAAAGGGACAUACUAAGCCAAUUCAUUCUGUUUGUUGGGAUCCUUCUGGUGAGUAUCUGGCAUCUGCCAGUGAGGACUCUGUCAGAGUCUGGACGCUUGGAUCAGGAAGUGAGGGCGAAUGUGUUCAUGAGUUGAGUUGUAAUGGCAACAAAUUCCACUCCUGUGUUUUCCACCCUACAUUCCCUUCAUUGCUAGUCAUCGGCUGCUACCAGUCUUUGGAGCUUUGGAACAUGGAUGAGAACAAGACAAUGACUCUGCCAGCCCAUGAGGGUCUAAUUGCUGCUUUGGCUGUAUCAACUGCUACAGGGUUGGUUGCUUCUGCUAGUCAUGAUAAGCUCGUUAAACUGUGGAAAUGAUACAUGCUUGUUUCUCUUUGUUGUUCAAGUUCUAGCUUGUUUAUUUUGGUUACUCGAUCUCCCCAUUUUGUGUUCUAUUCAAAUAUCAGGUCACUAUAACCCCAGAAACUAACCUUAUAUGUUGGUGUAUCUGUUACAUGACCACUUCUGUAACUUGCAAAUCAAUGGUCAAACAUCCUGGACUAUUUUGUACUCUAGGAAGUAAAUGGUUUAUGUUAAUAGUUUUCUGGUUCACAGUGUUC